AUGACCUAUUUCCCCUAUAGAGUCGAUCAAUCAUUUUCAUUUUCUUUUCAGUAUAGAGAAAUUUGUUCAUAUGUAAAUAUAGAUAUUACAAAUUCGAUUCUUUUAUAUGGCCCUUCUGGAACAGGGAAAUCGUUUGCUGUUCAAAGUUUAAGUUCAAAAUAUAAAACAAAGGUUGGAACUUCGACGAACCAUUCACGAAUCAAUCCUAUUAUCCGAACAAUAUUUCAAGAUGAAAUUGAAUUUAGUAUUCCAAAACCGAUUCAAAGAUUUGAAAUUUUAAAAUUUUGUGCCAUGGAUUUAAAUCUUGAGAAAGAUGUAAAUUUAAAAGAAAUUAAUGAUAGAUGUCACGGAUAUAUAGCAGCUGAUGUUGCAGCGUUAUGUAGAAUGGCUUUAGAACAGUGUGAUAUCAGAAGCAUUCAACAAACAGCCGAACCCGGAAAUUUGUUGAUUUCGAAUGAAGAUUUUCAAAAAGGUUUCCAAAAUAUUAGAAUAAGCAGUUUACAAGAGAAGGCCAGUGUAAAAAAAGUUGAUUCUGUUAAAUGGAGUGAUAUUGGUGGUUUAGAUUAUGUUAAAAGAACGCUGGAGGAAUCUGUUAUAUGGAUAUAUAAACAUUUCGAUGCAUUUCAACGUCUCGGAAUUAAAGCGUCAAAAGGCGUCCUUUUAUAUGGACCACCAGGAACCGGAAAGACUUUAUUAGCAAAGGCAGUUGCGACGGAAUCAUCAGCUCAUUUCAUGCCAAUAUCGAUACCAGAAUUAAUCAAGAGUGAGGUAGGUGAAUCUGAAAAGGCCAUCGCAAAUAUUUUUCGAAUCGCGAUCCAGUGUAGUCCUUGUAUCAUUUUUUUGGAUGAAUUGGAGGCUAUAUUCGGUAAUAGGGAUUCAAGUGGUUUUUUAGGCAAAAAGUUGGUUUCACAACUUUUACUAGAAUUAGAUGGAUUGAAUGCAGUCGAUCAAGGAGUUGUGAUCCUUGCUGCAACUAAUAAUCCAGAAGUUAUCGAUACUUCUCUUUUAAGGCCAGGUCGCCUUGAUAGACAUGUUUAUAUUAAACCUCCAACUUCAGAAGAAAGAAUAUCCAUCCUUAAAGUAUUAGGGAAUAGAAUGAAUUUUGCUCAAGAUAUGAAUCUUGAAGAAAUUGCUCUAAAAACUGAACAUUAUACUGGAGCUGAUUUAAAAUCGUUAAUACAGAAGGCCGCUUUUUUAGCAUUUAAACGGUAUCGUCAUAAUAAAUCAAUAACUGAGAAAUAUAUUUGUUACGAUGAUGUGUUAGAAGCAAUCAAGAAAUUUAAAUGUUCAGUUUCUAUUGAUCAACUUGAACAAUAUCAAAGAUUUUCUAAAUCCUUGAAAUAA